AUGGCUAUCCAUAGAGUUUCGAGUGUGGUUUGUUUUGUCUUAUUUGGUUUGGUAGUUAGUACGUAUGCGUCUAGAGCUCUUUUCACUACUGAAAAAGCUCUCGACGGCCUAAGUGUUGGUGCUAAUGGCGGUAUAUCUGGUGACGCCACCGGAUAUGGCAGUGGAAGUGGUAAUGGAGAAGGCGAAGGGGCAGGCUAUGGGGCUGCGGGUGGAGGUGGAGGAGGUGGUGGCAGUGGCAGCGGUGGUGGCGGUGGAACUGGAGCUACUGGCGGUAGCGGGUAUGGAAGUGGGGCCGGAGAAGGAGGUGGUGCAGGGUAUGGUUCCGGUGGAGCGAGUGGCAGCGGUGGUGGUGGUGGUAGUGGUGGCGGUGGUGGUGCUGGACAUGGGGGAGGGGAAGGUGCUGGUUAUGGGGGAGGUGAAGGAGCAGGAGGAGGUGGCGGUGGUGGAAGUGGUGGCGGAGGCGGAGGUGGAGCAGGUUCCGGUGCUGGAGGAGCACAUGGAGGUGGUUACGGUGGUGGUGAAGGAGCGGGGUCAGGUUACGGUGGUGGUGCUGGUGGCGGUGGUGGCGGUGGAGGCGGCGGCGUUGGUUAUGCUGCGGGUGGUGCUGGACAAGGGGCUGGUCAUGGAGGAGGUGCUGGCAGAGGAGAAGGUGGUGGAGGUGGCUAUGCCCCUUGA